AUGGGAGAGGUAGUUAGAUGGCCAGAGAAACACCACAAACUGACUGAUGAAAGAGAUGCAUCCAAAUGGUGUGACUUCCAUAAUAACCACGGGCGUACAACCGAAGAUUAUUUCGUUCUCAAAAAAGAAGUGAACCAACUUUUGAAGAAGGUAUAUUUGUGUGAUCUGCUAACUGAGAAAGGAAAGGAGACGAUAGCACAAGCUGAAAAAAGUGUGGAAGAACGUAGACUGCCUCCGCCAGAGAAAAAUAGUCCAUGUAAUUAUUGGAGGAUCAGAAAUCAGUGGAAUUACGCAUUCGAUUAUAGAGAAAUACGCAAAAAAAUGAUUAAUUCUGGUGUCUGGGUAGAAAAGUUGAUGGUACAGUUUACAAGACAAGUCAUUAGCUUUACAGAUGAUGAAUCAAUCCAGUUACUUAAUCCACACAAUGACGCACUUGUGAUCACUCUACAAAUCACAAAUUGUGAAAAUAAACGGAUUAUGAUCGAUGACGGGAGUUCAGCAAAUCUGUUGUUAUGUCCAUCGUCCAAGCAAUAG